CUUAGCGGUGUUCCGCCUGAAAAGUCUGGUGCUCCAGCCUCAGGGCUGCUGAGAAGGCCGAGCGCUCCCAGGUGAAGCCGGGGUCGGCGCCCGCCGACAGUAAGCGCCUCUCAGAAGCCGCGGCCGCCGAACCUUUUCCAGCGCCUGCAGCGAAAGGCGCGCGUGGACAGCGAGGAGAAAAGGGCGACCAGGGCACAAAUGAUGGACGCACUGACCUGGCGCCUGGGCUUCCGCUGUCUCCUCCUCCUCGCUCUGCUUGGGUCUGCCCGAAGCGAGGGCAUGCAGACCUGCGAAGAAGUUCGGAAACUUUUCCAGUGGCGGCUUGUGGAAGCUGUCAAGGGGCUGCCAGAUUCGCCGCGGGCAGGACCCGAUCUUCAGGUUUGCAUAUCCAAAAAACCUACAUGCUGCACCAGGAAGAUGGAGGAGAGAUACCAAAUUGUCGCUCGCCAAGAUAUGCAGCAGGUGCUUCAAACAGCCAGCUCGGCAUUAAAGUUUCUAAUUUCUCGAAAUGCAGCUGCUUUUCAAGAAACCCUUGAAACUCUCAUCAAACAAGCAGAAAACUAUACCAGUAUACUUUUUUGCAACACCUACAGGAACAUGGCCUUAGAGGCUGCUGCUUCAGUUCAGGAAUUCUUCACUGAUGUAGGACUCUAUUUAUUUGGUGCAGACGUUAAUCCUGAAGAAUUUGUGAACAGAUUUUUUGACAGUCUUUUUCCUCUGGUCUACAACUAUCUCAUUAACCCUGGUGUGACUGACAGUUCCCGAGAAUAUUCUGAAUGUAUCCGGAUAGCCCGUCGGGAUGUUAACCCAUUUGGUAGUAUCCCCAAGAGGGUUCUGGGGCAAAUGGGGAGGUCGCUGCUACCCAGCCGCACAUUUUUGCAGGCACUCAACCUGGGCAUCGAAGUCAUCAACACCACAGACCACUUGCACUUCUCAAAGGACUGCAGCAGGGCCCUCCUGAGGAUGCAGUACUGCCCUCAUUGCCAGGGCCUGACUCUCAGUAAGCCUUGUAUGGGCUACUGCCUCAACGUUGUGAGAGGCUGCCUGGCACACAUGGCAGAGCUUAAUCCACACUGGCAUGCCUAUAUCCGGUCAUUGGAAGAGCUGUCAGACGCAAUGCAUGGAACAUACGACGUUGAACAUGUGCUCCUGAACUUCCACUUGCUCGUUAACGAGGCCGUGAUGCAGGCUCACCUCAGUGGACCCAAACUAUUAGAACAGGUAAAUAAGAUUUGUGGCCGUCCAGUAAGAACACCCACACAAAGCCCCCACUGUUCUUUUGAUCAGAGCAGAGAGAAGCAUGGAAUGAAGAGCUCUGCAAGGAAUGGCGAAGAGACACUUGCCAACAGAAGAAAAGAAUUUAUCAACAGUCUCCGACUAUACCGGUCAUUCUAUGGAGGCUUGGCUGAUCAGCUUUGUGUUAAUGAAUUAGCUGCUGCUGAGGGACUACCCUGCUGGAACGGAGAAGAUAUAGUCAAAAGCUAUUCUGAGCGUGUGGUUGGAAAUGGACUCAAAGCCCAAUCUGGAAAUCCUGAAGUCAAAGUCAAAGGAACUGAUUCUGUGAUAAAUCAGAUUAUUGAUAAACUGAAGCAUGUUAUUCAGUUGUUGCAGGGUAGGUCACCAAAACCUGACAGAUGGGAGAUUCUUCCGCUGGGCAGUGGUGGAGGCAUGAUGGAACAAGUCAGUGGAGAUUGUGAUGAUGAAGAUGGCUGCGGUGGAUCAGGAAGUGGAGAGGUCAAGCGGACUCUGAAGGUCACAGACUGUGAGUAUGUGAUUCUAACACCAUUUUCAAUAACUGACUUCAAAAUGUAA